CUUACAUUAUUUACCAAAGCGUUUGCCUUGAGGACCAGCAUUUGCAAAGUUGCCUUAAAAAAGUUAUUUUGUUUGAUAAUUAAGUCCUGGAGCCCACCGCGUGAUGAUUAUUCUGGACCCAUAAGGCAGAGAACCUGCGUGACGUUUUUCUCGAAGUUUAAUUACCGUAUGCUAAUUUCCUUGCCUACUACGUGAUUAAUUAAAAUCAUAUUUUCAUAAUCAUUUGGCACUAGUAUUGUUUUAGAAUUAUCAUGAUCUUCUAAAUAGUGUCUGUAAAUAAAGUCGCCUCUAAUGGCAGGCGCGGGAGGCGAGGCUGAGGACCUCUUCGUGUUUGUAUCGCGGCGAUUGGCAACAUAACUGCCUUAUUUACAUUAAAUACGCCACAAGGUUACAGCGCGGAUCAACGUCAUUUGAUCGCUGAUGACUCCCUUAAACGCCCGGGCUGUGACUGAUUCUCCGCGUCCCGCUGUCCACCGAGAUUCACCCGGGAGUUUUUUUUUUUUUUUUUUUUUUUUUUUUCCCCCAGAAAAGAAACAGACUUUAAAUAGUUUCAGGAGCAGGUAAGAAUUAAGCUUUUUCCUCUCCCCCUUUCCAUCUCUCUCUCCUCUCCCUCUGUGGCAAUCUCUCUCUCCCUCUCGGCUGGAUAAAAAAUUCUUUAGUCAAAGGCAGGAAUGCAAAGUAGUGACAAGCGAAGGGGCUGAUAUAUGUCUCAGUAACGAGUCUGACAAUCAGAAUGUAGCUCUUGGAGAAUAGAUAGAUUUUAAUAAGUGUGUUUACAUGAGCUCAAGGUCAGAAGCAAGCUGCGCUGUGUUAAAUGGUUUCUUAGUUGCUAGACAGAGAGAAAAAAUGGACGAUCACACACCAUUCUUUGUAGAUUAUUAUAUCAAGGGUUCAGUCUCUGGCUCAUCAAAGCUAAAUGCCGCAAGACCUAUCUAGUUGCUGUGAAUUAUGCCAGGGCGACAAUGGAGAGCGUUUUUAAUGGUACAAUGCAUUUCACCUACCAGAUAGGGGGAGGCCGAGCCGGGGAUGGGGAUGUCUGCUGGGGCUGGGUGAUGAGUAUCAAUGAACGGGGCGAUUCUGAAAAGAGGCAGAUGAAAAUCGAGCCCGCCCUGCCCCGGCUGGGCUGGGAACAGUUCACAGGGCUCUGCCGAGUGGGCGAGCGAGGCGCGCGAGCAGGGCGCCCGUCCCCCCUCAGCCCCGGAAAAUGAUCAAGUCAAUCAUGUGGACAUGUUUCAUUAUUCAUUGAACACAAUCUUUUACAACGCUCCGUUUACGUGCCCGAGUUUGCUCCCGACGCCCGCGUUUCAAUGUUUAAGUUCCGGCCCACCACGGCUUUAAGGAUACCCUUCACCCAGGAGGGAGCUCCAUUGCUUUAAGACUUGCCUGGGAACCGGGACGCCCCUCUGGCGAUCUGUCAGUGCCUGGAUCAGCUACAUCCUUUCUGGGGUAUUUUGUUACCAGACUGACAGUCCUUAAGACAAGUAUGCAGUUAAGCUGCUAAGGGAUGGAAGAAGCCAGUCUGUGCCUUGGAGUGUCCUCGGCGGCCCCGGAAGCUGAGCCCCACCUGAGCGGCCCUGUCCUCAACGGCCAGUAUGCCAUGAGUCAGAAGUUGCACCAGAUCACCUCCCAGCUCAGCCAUGCCUUCCCCGAGCUGCAUCCCCGGCCCAACCCGGAAGAGAAGACCCCCGCGCCCCUCGACGAGAAGGCGCACGUGCCCAUGAGCGGCCAGCCCAUGGGCAGUCAGAUGGCGCUCCUGGCCAACCAGCUGGGCCGGGACGUCGACACCAGCCUCAACGGGCGGGUGGACCUGCAGCAGUUCCUCAACGGGCAGAACCUGGGCAUCAUGUCCCAGAUGAGCGACAUCGAGGACGACGCCCGCAAAAACCGCAAGUACCCGUGCCCGCUGUGCGGCAAGCGUUUCCGCUUCAACAGCAUCCUCUCCCUGCACAUGCGCACUCACACCGGCGAGAAGCCCUUCAAGUGUCCCUACUGCGACCACCGGGCGGCGCAGAAGGGCAACCUCAAGAUCCACCUGCGGACCCACAAGCUGGGCAACCUGGGGAAGGGGCGCGGGCGGGUGCGCGAGGAGAACCGCCUGCUGCACGAGCUGGAGGAGCGGGCCAUCCUGCGGGACAAGCAGAUGAAGAGCAGCCUGCUGCAGCCGCGGCCGGACCUGAAGCCGCUGCCGCACGCGCAGCCCGCCCCGCUGGCCACCUGCAACCUGGCCCUGCCCGCCAACCACAGCGUGCCCGACGCGGCCAACCCGGUGCCCUCGCCCAAGCCGGCCAGCGUGCAGGAGGACGCCGUGGUCCCGGCCGCCGGCUUCCGCUGCACCUUCUGCAAGGGCAAGUUCAAGAAGCGCGAGGAGCUGGACCGCCACAUCCGCAUCCUGCACAAGCCCUACAAGUGCACGCUGUGCGACUUCGCCGCCUCCCAGGAGGAGGAGCUCAUCAGCCACGUGGAGAAGGCCCACAUCACCGCCGAGUCGGCGCAGGGCCAGGGCCCCAACGGCGGCGGGGAGCAGGCGGCCAACGAGUUCCGCUGCGAGGUGUGCGGCCAGGUGUUCAGCCAGGCCUGGUUCCUCAAGGGCCACAUGCGGAAGCACAAAGACUCCUUCGAGCACUGCUGCCAGAUCUGCGGCCGCCGCUUCAAAGAGCCCUGGUUCCUCAAGAACCACAUGAAGGUCCACCUCAACAAGCUGUCCGUGAAGAGCAAGUCCCCCAGCGACCCGGAGGUGCCCGUGCCCAUGGGUGGCAUGUCCCAGGAGGCCCACGCCAAUCUGUACUCCAGGUACCUGUCUUGCCUUCAGAGCGGCUUCAUGGCCCCAGACAAGGCCAGCCUGAGCGAGCCCAGCCAGCUCUACGGCAAAGGGGAGCUGCCCAUGAAGGAGCGGGAGGUCCUGGGCAAGCUGCUGUCGCCCAUCUCCGGCAUGGCCCACGGGGUUCCCGAGGGCGACAAGCACUCCCUCCUGGGGUGCCUCAACCUUGUGCCGCCGCUCAAGUCCAGCUGCAUCGAGCGGCUGCAGGCGGCUGCCAAAGCGGCCGAGAUGGACCCCGUGAACAGCUACCAGGCUUGGCAACUCAUGGCCAGGGGCAUGGCCAUGGAACAUGGUUUCUUGUCUAAAGAUCAUCAGCUACAACGCAACCACGAAGACACUUUGGCAAACGCUGGAGUGAUGUUCGAUAAGGAGAAGCGGGAGUACGUGUUAGUGGGAGCAGAUGGCUCCAAGCAGAAAAUGCCUGCUGAUUUGGUUCACAGCACUAAAGUGGGCAAUCAGAGAGACCUGCCAAAUAAGCUCGACCCUCUAGAAGGCAGUCGGGAUUUUUUGUCGCACGGGCUGAACCAGGCGCUCGACUAUAACCUGCAGGGGCCCGGGAGCAUGAAGGAGAAGCCCACGGAGUGCCCCGACUGCGGCCGGGUGUUCCGCACCUACCAUCAGGUGGUCGUGCACUCCCGAGUCCACAAGCGGGACCGCAAGGGCGAGGAGGACGGGCUGCACGUGGGUCUGGACGAGCGGCGCGGCUCGGGCAGUGACCAGGAGUCCCAGUCGGUGAGCCGCUCCACCACGCCGGGCUCCUCCAACGUCACCGAGGAGAGCGGGGCUGGCGGUGGGCUCUCCCAGACGGGGAGUGCCCAGGAGGACAGCCCACACCCCUCCUCGCCGUCCUCCUCAGACAUCGGCGAGGAGGCUGGGAGAGCCGCUGGGGUCCAGCAGCCCUCACUGCUUCGAGACAGGAGCCUGGGCUCGGCCAUGAAGGACUGCCCGUACUGUGGGAAGACCUUCCGGACAUCCCAUCACCUAAAGGUGCACCUGCGGAUACACACAGUGUGUGUCCACACCAUAACCAGCGGGAGGAAAGGAAGUGACUUGUACCCACAAGGUGUAUUGACGCAGCCUCCCGGCGAUGUAAAAGGUGAGAAACCUUACAAAUGUCCCCACUGUGACUAUGCGGGCACCCAGUCAGCAUCCCUAAAAUACCACUUAGAGCGGCACCACCGGGAGCGGCAGAACGGAGCCGGGCCCCUGUCUGGACAGCCCCCAAACCAAGACCACAGGGACGAGCUGUCCAACAAAGCUGCUUUGUUUAUCAGGCCAGACAUCCUGAGGGGGGCCUUCAAGGGUCUCCCUGGAAUCGACUUCAGAGGCGGCCCUGCUUCCCAGCAGUGGACAGCGGGCGUGCUCUCGUCCACAGAUCACGCGGGGCAGGCCACCGGCAUGACUUCCGAGGCCCCUUCGGACACGCUGAAAGGCACCGACCUUCCUUCCAAAAGCGCCCACUUCUCCGAAAUUGGAAGAGCUUACCAGAGUAUUGUGAGCAACGGUGUGAAUUUCCAGGGGUCCUUGCAAGCUUUCAUGGACAGCUUCGUCCUAAGCUCCUUGAAGAAGGAGAAGGACAUGAAGGACAAAGGCCCGUCUGACCCUCCGUCCAUGAAGGUGCACGGGCCGGACGGCGGGGAGGACAAAGCCAGCGUGAAGGCAGUCCCCAGGAAGUCGGAGAAAUCGCAGCACGAGCCUCUGGACUUGUCGGUGCGGCCGGACGCCGCGUCGCUGCCAGGCUCGUCGGUGACCGUGCAAGACAGCAUCGCGUGGCACGGCUGCUUGUUCUGUGCUUUCACGACCUCGUCUGUGGAGCUCAUGGCCCUUCACCUGCAGGCCAACCACCUGGGCAAGGCCAAGCGCAAAGACAGCGCCGUCGGGGUGACGGUCAACUGCAAAGACCAGGCCCGGGAGGCGGGCAAGGUGGCCCUGCUGCCCUCGGCACAGUCGAACAAAGACAUGGCACUCUCUGGCCUGAUCGGGCCUCUAGAGGCUGCUUCAGAGAAGACAGCCCCGGGGCCGGGCAAGGAGACUCUGGGGGAGCCCAAGAGCGGCACGUGGCCUGGCCUGGUGGACCCCGCGUUUUGCAACUUCCCAUCAGACUUCUACAAGCAGUUUGGCGUCUACCCGGGCCUGGUGGGCUCGGGCGCCUCCAGCUCCUGCCCGGCCCAGGAGCCCGACGGGAAGUCCCACGCGGAGGAUGACGCCCCGAUCCUGAUCCCCGAGACCGCCAGCAAGAACGCUACCGAUGACCUCUCCGACAUUGCCUCCUCGGAGGACAUGGACUCCUCCAAGGGAGAGAACAACGACGAAGACGAUCUGGAGACCGAGCCGGAGAUGAUGAGCAAACCCCAGUCCGCCCUCGGCAAGGAUGGCGGCGGCAGCGGCGACAGUGGCGAUAGCCUGCUGCCCGCGGGCGCCCCUCAGCCCGUCCAGGGACUAGUCUCGCCGGUGACCCCGGCGCCCGAGAAGCAGUGGCACGGCCCGGGCCUGCUUCCAGCCCAGGACCCCUCGGCGGGCCUGCCCAAGCCGGAGCGGGGCCCCCCGGGCCUGGAGAAGCCGAUGAACAUGCUGUCGGUCCUCAGGGCCUACAGUUCUGAUGGCUUAGCAGCCUUUAACGGACUUGCGAGUAGCACAGCAAAUUCUGGAUGUAUCAAGAGGCCAGACUUGUGUGGUCACAGGCCUUUUCAGUGCCGAUACUGUCCCUACAGUGCCUCUCAGAAGGGGAACCUGAAGACCCACGUCCUCUGCGUCCAUCGUAUGCCUUUUGACAACAGUCAGUACCCCGAUCGCCGGUUCAAACGCUCCAGAGUCGACUCGGAGGCUUCUGGGAAUUUCGAAGACCCCACAGCUGUCAAGGCGGGGAGCUCAGCAGAGCUAACAGAGGAGGGCUGCAAAGCCCAGGAGGAGCGUAACUGAGCAAACUGACCUGUAUAUUGCAAUAUUAUUUUACACAGUUUUAAGAUUAUGCAUCUGGUAAAAGAGUUUGCUAACUGCAUUCCAAGGGGAAAAAAGAAAAAUCAUGUACAACCCCCCAACUAGUGUAUAGAACAUUUAAAAAAUUUAAAAAGAUAUCUAUAUAUAUAUAUUAAAAAAAAAAAAACACAAAAACACACUCAAAAAAAAAAAAAAAACCCACAAAAACAAGUCCCCAGCCCUUGAAAAUGGCUGCUAAACUGUUACCCGGCAACAAGUACUUCUAAACAAUGCAGGUGGAAGACGAGUGAUUUCUGAAAGGCUUGGUGUCCUCCAAGCCGGAGAAAGCUGGGGGGCCCUUCCAAACUCUGAAGUCGUCUUUGUCCCCCAGUCAUGCUCUUAACUGAAAAAUGAUACCAUCUAAAUGAUUUAGUGUUGCCUUGAAGAUGGAGGGGCUGUGUUUUCAUUGUUGAAAACACCUCUAUAAUCUGCCACCAGCUGUGGCCGUCUCCCCCCCACCCCAACCCCUAAUGAGAAGUGCUGAGAGGCAGCCGCUGGUGCCAGUCAGGCUGGAGCGGUCACUGCAGAGAAAAUCAAUUCACGUGGUGUCCCAACUGCACUCGUGGAGAAAUCCUAGCCCGCCGCGCCCACGGCUGCUGC